AUGACAAUUUCCAUCAAAGAAUUGACCAACCAUUCCUACGUAGAUCAUCAAUUAUCGGCCACGCUAGACUCCACCGAAGCCUUCGAGGGCCCAGAAAAGCUGUUAGAGAUCUGGUUCUACUGUGACAAAAACCAUAUCCCAGCCAAUCCAAACGGCCAGAAAUUGACACUAAGAGACAUCCCGGUGGAAACCUGGAUCCAGAUCUUAAACUUAGUCAAGUGCGAGAUCCUUUCCAUUAAGGACACCCCAGUAAUGAAUGCGUUUCUGUUAAGUGAGUCCUCCCUCUUUGUGUACGACCACAGGUUGAUUUUGAAGACAUGCGGCACCACUACCACGUUGUUGUGUUUGCCUUAUCUGUUUGAAGUGCUCGAGAGGGAUCUCGGCUGGAGUUUCAGAUGUGGUAAAGACAAGUGUGGCGAUAAUAAGGAUAAAUUUGAACCUUACAAAGUAUUUUAUUCUCGUAGAGCAUUUAUGUUCCCAUCCAAACAGAAAUCGAUCCAUAAGAAUUGGGCAGACGAAGUGGAGUAUUUAAACAAUUUCUUUUGUAACGGGAAGGCGUAUGUAGUCGGGAGAUAUGAUAAAGGAAAGCAUUGGAAUCUCUUCGUAACGGAUACAAAAAAAGCAGAACAAAUGGGGAUUGUAAAGGAAGAAGAAGAUGAGACAUUAGAAAUAUUGAUGACUGGAUUGAAACCCUCGUGUGCAGAACAGUUUGUUUCGAACCGUACUAUAAAUAGUGAACAAGAAGUGUGUGAUAAGAAACCAGAAGAAGCUGCAGAUGACGAAGGCCAUUUGCUGGGUUCCAAUAUGACUGAACAGACAGGAUUAAACAAGAUAUACCAAUGCACGGAUAAAAGUGAUUCGUUUGUACACGAUGCAUUUGCGUUUUCACCAUGUGGUUAUUCAUCCAAUAUGAUUUUAGAUAAUGAAUAUUAUUAUACAUUACAUGUUACUCCGGAGAAAGGCUGGUCAUAUGCCUCGUUUGAGAGUAAUGUGCCGGUAACUUCGAUCUCUGAUGAUAGACAAGAUAACAUUGAAGUUUUAAACAAGGUUUUAAACGUGUUCCAACCAAAUGAGUUCUGUUUGACAUUUUUUGCGAAGUCAGAAAAGAACAUGAAUUUCCAAAAACUAUUGAAUAUAUCUAAGAUGAUUCCACACUAUCAAAAACAUGACAAGAUUAUAUACGAUUUAGAAGAUUACCAAUUAUUGUAUAUGAGAUUUGAACGUAAAGAUAAUUAG